AUGAUCUCACAGUCCUGCCGAGCUUUGGCCGUUUUGUUCUGCGCCUCUGCUUGUCCGGCAGGAACCUUGGCCUCUGUGACCCAGGCUCUCUCUGCUGCGGUGGGGAAGCCAGGCCCAGGUCACAGGGCAGUGUCCGAGAGCCACCAGCUGCUGGAGCUGACACUGACCACAAAGAGCCCUGUGGACUCCCAUGUGGGGCCUGUCACUGCACUGACACUAUGUGCAGAGUUUAUUUACUCACAGGCAUCUACAUGA